AUGAUGUUAGACUGCUCGCUGAUGGUCUGAAGCGAACGAGUCAAAUCAUUAGAAGUCCAAGUUCCUCGACCUCGGAGGCAUUGUCAAGUUCACCGAGCGCGUUUCGGCGCUGUUUAUAACAGUUGUUGACAUUUUGCCAUCAUGUAGUUCCGAAAGCCACGGCGACUUUGAAGAGGAUGUCACUCAAAUAGCACCGCUGCUCAACUCCGCGCAUCUUGAUACCGUUCCAAGUCAGACUCAAGCCCACACAAGAGCUGGAUCAAAUACCUAUCUCAUCCCAUCAUAAAGGAGAUAAUUCCAUCUCAGACCGCUGUCAUAGUCAUGGCCAGCCUCUCAACCUGUCCUCCCCUGACCAGAGACUCGGUCAUCCAGGCGUGCCAACUCAUCAGGCCAUACGUUCAUCUGACUCCCGUAUUGACGAACAAGACACUGAGCCGAAUGGCGUCAACACCAAGAGACUCUGCCGCGAUCGGCGACCGCACACCAGCGAGACCCAUCCUCAGGCUUUGGUUCAAAUGCGAAAACAUGCAACGCACCGGCGCCUUCAAAGCUCGCGGGGCCUUCCACGCCAUAAAGAGACUCCAACAGGAGCCCGGAUGGCUCGAGAGCGGCGGCAAGGAGAAGGGGGUUGUAGGGUACAGCGCAGGUAACCACGCCCAGGCCCUCGCCCUAGCGGCUGCAGAAGACGGCAUCACGUCUCGCACCGUCAUGCCCACCACGACGCGACCGAACAAAAUCGCAGCGACGAAAGGCUACGGCGCCAUCGUCGUCUUGUCGGGGCCGGGAUUCUCUGGCCGCGAGGCCGUCGCGGCCGAGAUUGUCGCCGAGACGGGCGCCAGGCUGGUGCCGCCUCACGAUCACCCGGACGUCAUCCUCGGUCAGGCGACGGCGGGACUCGAGUUCCAGGAGCAAGUCUCGGAGCAGCAGAAGCAGGAGAAGAACUCCAUCGGAGAAGGAGGAAGGGGAAGAAGGAGAGGAAUAGGUCUCGACGCCAUCAUCGCGCCCUGCAGCGGCGGCGGUCUCCUCUCCGGUACAGCCCUCAGCUGCGAAGGCACCGGCAUCAAAGUCUUUGGCGCCGAGCCCGAGUUCGAGGGCGCCGACGACGGGCGGAGGGGGUUCUACUCGGGCGCGAGGAUCACCGCCCACCCCCAAACUCCCAACGGGGUGGCAGACGGCCUCGCGGGGACCGUCAGCGCCACGCCGUGGGGCCUGAUCUACGAUCGGGGCCUGGUGAGCGGCAUGUACGCCGUCACCGAGGAGGAGAUCCUCGCGGCGACGCGGCUCCUCCUGGAGAGGCUGAAGAUGUGGGUCGAGCCGAGCGCGGCGGUGCCGUUGGCCGUCGCGCUGUUCAACGAGGAGUUUCGGGCCAUGGUGGAACGGGAGGGUGGUAAGGAGGGGUGGGAUCUGGGGCUUGUUGUUAGUGGUGGGAAUGUUGAUGUUGAUGGGAUGGUGAAGCUCUUCUCGUAAGGCGGGAGACACUUGGGAGAGGGGGAGGUGAAAAGACGAUGAAGGUGGUUGGCAGCGUGUGGAAAAAGUCACGUGUGACGUUCAUUGAAAUACAAGGAUGGACAGUACAUGAAGUGUCAUUCCCCUUUUGCCUGUCUUCUUCUUCCCCGGCGCGAGAGCAUCAGCGGACUUGUCA